CCUCGUACGCUUCUUUCCUACUCCUUAAGCACAACUUACCGCUUUUACUUUCCUUGAAGUUGCGCGCACUUGUAGUCUAAAUAUACUCGCUUCUACUUCUAUACGCACCUAUAUAUACUUCAUUUGUACACAUCAAUUAAUCCAAAUUCCCAAACUUUGUUCUAUAUAAGUGGACGUACAUACAUAUAACUCUUUCUCUUUUUACGAAACACUUUCUCUGGCCAUAACUAAAUUUAGAAGAGUUUAUUGUCCUCAAAUCUCUUCUUCUUCCUUUUUCUUCGCUCUUCAAUAAUCCUUGGUUAAUCAAAUCUUUCUAAUUAGAAAAAAACAACUUAAUUACUGAAAAAAACCUUGCAUCUUUAACUUUCCACAUUUUCAUGGCGACACUACUUGCAAGACGAGGCCGCCAUAGACAACUUUACGAGGAUAAUCGCCGGCUAGUUUCUGGAUGUAUUCCCUAUAAAGUAAGAAAAGGUUAUGAAGAGCAUAGCAUAGAAGAUCGAUUAGAAGUUUUAAUGGUAUCUACCCCGAAUCGUAGUGAUCUCGUCUUUCCAAAGGGAGGGUGGGAGAAUGAUGAAACCGUGCAUGAAGCUGCACGACGUGAAGCCUUUGAAGAAGCAGGAGUUAGAGGAAAUCUCAAUGAGAUACAAUUGGGUGUUUGGGAAUUCAGAAGCAAGAGCAGGCAAGCAGUAAGUAGCCUUGAAGGCGGAUGUAGGGGUUACAUGUUUGCUUUGGAGGUAACUGAGGAACUCGAUACUUGGCCCGAACAAGAAAACCAUGAUCGCAAAUGGCUGGACAUAAGAGAAGCAUUUCAUCUCUGUAGAUAUGAAUGGAUGAAAGACGCAUUACGAGCUUUUCUAAAACAGAUGGAUAACGAAAGGCAGCAGCAGCCGCCAUCCCAGCUACCGCCAAAGAUCAACAAUCAAGUGGUUGUGGAUUCAGGUGUAACUAUCGCUACAGCUAUCAUACCAGUGUCGGAUCGGCAAGUUGUUAAGGCUGCUCCUACAACUUGCUCUGUAACUUCCAAUGCAAUUAUUACAUUUGUAGCAGCACCGCCGUUUUUCCUCCUUUAAUUAGUGUCUCAUGAAGCAUGUAUUAAUGCUUCUUUUGUAGCUAGUUCCUUGGGGAGAUACCGAUAAUUGUUUAUAGAUAUCAAGGAAUUUAGAUUCAGAAAGAAGUCUGUAUUUCCUCUUGUUACAGAAUUUGCAUUAUGUGGAACAUAAAGUUAGCCUUCCUCUUCA